AUGGCCCCUGAUAACAGCGAUAAAGCCGCGCUCAACGCCAGUAUCACGCCAACCGCUAUGACUAACGUGGCGCUGGUGGUCGGGGCGGCUAGCAAUUUAGGUUUCCAAGUGCUGAAAAGGCUCACCGCGGUCUACAGAGGUAAAAUCUAUUUCACCACCGAAGAUGUCUCCACCGGGUACAAUAUACAAGAGACGUUCGAGAAGUGCGCAGACGUCGAGUUCGUUCAAAUGGACAUCACGUACACGAAGAGCAUAAUCAAGUUGAGGCACCACAUCCAAGACCUGGACGAGAGGAUCGAGCUGCUGAUAAAUGUAACGGAGUACGUUGCGACCGAGAAGAGGCUGGGUCACGCGGAGAAAGUGAGACGGACACUGAGUGUGAACUUCUACGGUUAUAUAAACUUCGGGAAAUUAGUCUAUCCAAUUCUCAGUGACGGCGCUAGGGUUGUGAACGUAUCUGGUCCCGCAGGGCUCUUAGCUACUAUACAAAAUGAAGAUAUCAGAAGAAGAAUAAGCGAUCCCACUCUCACUGAGGAUGAGCUGGUCGCUAUCAUGCAGGAAUAUGAAGAGGCUGCUAGGAAAGGAGUAGAAAAGACAGAGGGGUGGGGAAUGAGUGUGAACGCCGUUAGCAAGGUCUCUCUGAAUGCUGUCACCUUUCUCCAGCACAGGGAGUGGUGUGACAAGGGUGUGGUGAUAAAUUGUGUGAAUCCAGGCAACAUGUCCACUCGGGAGGGUAGGAAGACGGCAAAGGUUUAUGAGGAGGGCGCCAAGGCGAUUUUGUACCUGGCAAUGGAAGCGCCGCUCUCGAUUAAAGGAAAUUUCGUGUGGAGCAACUACAAUGUAAUCGAAUGGAAUACUGACCCUUUUGUCGAAGUGACUAGCGUG